ACAUUUGCUUUGUGUGAACGUAGUCCCGUGUUUUUCAACGAUAUGAUAUCUUUCUUUUCUAAACUGUCCUUGAAUACCCCGAAACAAGAGGUGGAACUCGCCAAACCUGCUUAUAUGGACAAAAGUGCAUCGUUACAGGAGCUCGGGUAUCGAGACGAGAAUGACUUGAGAGAGACUAUUUACGACUUUUUGCGGACGAUAAGGGACCCUGAGAAGCCUAGUACGCUAGAAGACUUGAAGGUCAUUUACGAGGAUGGUAUAUUUGUAAAAGAGCCUACGGCGGACAAAGUUCCUGUGUUACGUGUUGAAUAUCAUCCUACUGUGCCCCAUUGUUCCCUGGCGACGCUCAUAGGACUGUGUAUAAGGAUAAAAAUACUACGUUCGCUCCACCAUCCUGUAAAACUUGACAUAUUUAUCAAGAAAGGAACACAUACCACUGAAGAUGAAAUCAACAAACAAAUCAACGAUAAAGAGCGCAUUGCAGCCGCGAUGGAGAACCCCAAUCUGAGGAACCUUGUCGAGAACUGCAUCGCUGACGAAGAGUAAUUUCUCCACAACAAAGAACUGAGUCAUUUACAAUUUUCUACAGGGUAUACAGUGGUGAACCUAAAGUUAAGGCUUUAGGGGAAUCUGUAAAGAAAAUACAAGCCGGAAUGUUGAAGACUCC